AUGAUAAAUUGCAGUCCAACUUCCACUCUUGUGGCAAUAGGCACAAAACUAAGUAGAGAAGAUAAUGAGACAGAUUUUGAUUCCACUAUAUUGAGAAAAUUAGAUGCUAGUUUGAUGUAUCUUACUACAACUAGAUUAGAUAUAAUGUAUGAAGUUAGUUUGAUUUAUAGAUUCAUGGAUGCACCAAAGAAUUCACAUUGGCAAGCAAGAAAACGGUUAUUGAGGUACAUUGUAGGAACUAUGAAUCAUGGCAUAUUGUAUUCUACUUCAGAUGAUUUUCAAUUGGUUGGAUAUUUAGAUAGUGAUUUUGUAAGAAGUAUAAAUGAUAUAAAGAGCACAUCUGGAUAUGCAUUUCAUCUUGGAACAUGUGUUGUAGCAUGGGCAUCAAAGAAGCAGCCUAUAGUGACAAUUUCAUCAACAAAAGUAGAGUAUGUGGCAAGAACAUCAGCAACAUGUCAAGCAGUAUGA